GAGGGGCGCUCGGUGAUGAGCCGCCGCAGGGGGAGGGGGCUUGGGGCUGAGGGACAGCUGCAGCGGCUGCCGGGAGACGUUAACAUCUGUCUUCCGUGGGGCGGAGGGAGCCUGCGGCGGGCGGCGACAAGAACCGUGUCGCCGCCGCGCGUGCUUCUGCUCGCGCUCUCUCCAGUCCACAGGCGUGCGGCGUCCGCCAUGGAAGCGCGUCCGGCCACCCCCUGGCUCACCCGGCGCCGCGUCCCUGGCUCCCCGGAGCGAUGAGUGGGUAGCGGCGCCCGCGGCUGCCUACAGCUCGCGUCAUCCGUCCGGGUGAGGAGGAGGAGAUACCGCCCUGCGCGCCGCCCCGCCCCCUGGGGGCGCUGCCGAGGGGCGCCAGCCUCCCAUGCCGUCCCGGCCCCCGGUCGCGCCCGGCGCCUGCCGCUGAGGCCGAGGACGCGCCGUCGGUCCCGCGCCCCAUGCCCCUCGCCCGGCUGGUGCCCGCACCCUGCCUUCCUGUCGCCCACCUCCCUCCCGUCCCCAAGAUGUGGCAUAACGUCGGGCUGACCCUGCUGGUGUUCGUGGCCACGCUGCUGAUCGUCCUGCUGCUGAUGGUGUGCGGUUGGUAUUUUGUAUGGCAUCUUUUUUUAUCUAAAUUCAAGUUUCUGCGGGAACUGGUGGGAGACACAGGAUCCCAAGAAGGAGAUCCUGAGCCUUCAGGAUCUGAAACAGAAGAAGAUACUCUGUACUCUCCACACAGGAUCAGAUCAGCUCGCCAAAGGAGGGCACCUGCAGAUGAAGGCCACUGACCCCCAGACACAGUCCUUUAUCAGUGAAUGAUGAAAGGCAGUGAUUGGGAAUCUCUGCAUUUAGUGACAUGGUCUUGAAAUUUAAUAAAAGAUUGAAGAACAUUUGCACUUGGAUUUUAAGUCAAAUUAAAAAAAAAAAAAAAGAUUUACAUGUAAGCCAUAUAAAAAUAAAGGGAAUUAAAACCAAAUUGGACCAUUGCAAAUAUCAUCUUAAAGAUAAUCUUGGCUUCACUAGCUUUCUACUUAUAUGCUUAUUCCUUAGCUCUUGAGGUUAUUAUACUUGCACUGGUGUGAACCUGAGAAACCUUACAGGCUUGAAAAAUCCUAUUUUAUCGGUUCUAAAAUGUACAUAUUUCUUCGUAUUUUAACUUGUCUGAAAUUGGGAUGCAUCUUCCAUUUGCUGUCAACCAGGUGAUAAUAAGUCAUGAUGUAAUUAUCCUGGCCUGUGCCUGUGUGAAAUUGGUUAUAGUGUCAUCAUUUUAACUGAGUUGUGUGUUGUUGGAUUUAAUUGCUAUUCAGAAAUGUCUUCAAAAAGAUUACACUAUGAUUCAGCAUUAAAACGAAAAGUUGUGUAUACAGAAAAGCAUGGGAGCAGAGCAGCAGGGCAUACAUUCGAUAUUAGUGAAGCAAAUAUUUGUUGUUGGAGGAUUGACUGCAAUUCCAUAUUUUCUUGCAAAGCAACAACAAAAUGCUUUACAGGACCUAAGAAAGGAAGAUAUCCACAAGUAGAUGAAGCUGUGCUAAAUUUUGUCAGUAAGACGUGCAAAAGGAUUGCCUAUCACACGCCAAGCAGUGCAGUUGAAAGCAGGAGAAAUUGCCAAAACCUUUGGAAUAGAUGAAACAAAAUUCAAAGCAACGAGAGCUUGGUGUGACUGCUUUAUGCAUCGAGCAGGACUGUUGUUAAAGCAUCAAACAUCGUUUUGUCCAAAGCUUCCUGCUGACAUGAAGCUGAAGACAGUGGUGGUGCACUCUUUUAAGACAUGCUGCCUCACUGAUAGUCUUGGUGGCCCUGGGGGCAGUGCUGUGUGGAAAAAUGCGCACAUCCAUGCUUGUGAUUUGAAAAGUGAUUCAGAGAAGUUGAACUCAGAAUAUGAAAUUAUAGUUAUAAAUUAACCAAUUUAUCUCACAUAUUUUUUUUACAUAUGCACCAUAUUUAUGUGAUAAAAAUCUGUUUACCACUAAAAGCUCUUUCAGUAAAAAUAAAAUAAACAUUUUACAUGAUAAAGCAUUGUGUCAUAGUUGAAUUGGACAGUGUUCUUUCUUAGUGAUGCAUAAAACAAUGCAUCUUAACAGUUGAUGUUAUCUCAGAUUAGAUUAAAAAUGUAAAAUAUACGUAAAUUUAUUUUUCUUUCUACUAAUGCAAUUAUUUAUUGGGGAACUUAAUUCUGACAUUUAUUUUGUUGAAAUAGUUAACAUGUAUGAAAUACUUUUUUUUUCUGUAACUUAGUCAAGAGUUUAGAGAAGUAAUUUAGGAAUUUAAGAAAUAUCUUCUGUGUUAGGAAGAGGAGGAUUUGUUACUCCCUUUGUAUGGGAGGACUUCAUGCUUAAGGCAUGUGUUGUGGAGAAAAUACUUCUUCACAAACAACAAUUCAGUGAUAAGACCUCAAAGGUGCUUGGUAUUAAGGAAAAAAUAGAGUGGGAGAAAAUACCCACUUAACUGUAAAAUGACUCUUGCCAGGUUUCCGGUUUGUCUGAGCUGAACUCUGGACUCAGUGUUUACUAGAGAAGAGAGAGAUGAGGUAAAGAACCUUCCUGUUUAGUUUUUAGUGUUACCUGCUUUGUACAAGAAUGAAUUGCAAAGCCAAUUUAUUUUAUUAUUCCAAGUUCUUUUUUUAAUCCUGUAUUUUAACUUUUGUUUCUCAAGAACUAGUCAUCAUAAAAUAUCACCUCUAUUUUUAUGUUUGAUACCUCAUACUUCAUGCUGAUGGUUUUGUUUAUUUAUUAACAGUUCAUUUGAUCUACCCCAAGUUGUAUUCCUGAUGAAAGAGUUGUACUUUUACCUGUCAUUGUAGGUCUUUGGAUAUGCAGAAAGUAAUUUCAAAGAGCAUAAUUUGGAUUUUAAUUAUUUUCUAGGGGAAACUCCCCAGCAGCUGAGAGUGGGAGACAAUCUUUCUGUCUUCAAUUCAUAAUUGGAUGCAAUUUCCUAUUUUUAUGUGACUCCAGGGAUUAACAAAACAGUGACAGAAGUAACUAAAUAUCACAUUAAAAUGAAAAAUAUUAAAAGAUUUUUGGUAAUGGGAGGACAUUUAAAUUGAAUCUUUUGUCUCAUAUUUUGAGCAGUGGAUUCUUCUUUAUGGUGAGUAGCUGAGGUUUAGAUAGUAAUAGUUGCUGAAAAACACUUUAGCUGCAAGCUUCCUGUUGUAGCAGUAUUAAAGAAUGAUGGCUUACAUAAACCCUCCCCCCCAAAUCUACAAGGGUCACCCUCAGAUUAGUACAGAUUAAUCCAUGUAAAGGUUGACAUUAUUGACAUUUAUGCUUCAAGCAUCUUAUUUCACAGAAUAUUAAGAAAUGUUCUGCUUAACUUAUUUGAGAAGUAUAACCCAAAACCUAGUAAUACCCCACAUUCACUUGAGAGUAAAAAACAAAAAAUCACUGAUGCCAAUGUGAAAAAUACACAGAUUAAUUCCUUUGCUUGAAAAUUUUUUUUUCUUUUUAAUUUUCUUUCUUUAGGAAAAAAAAUUCCCUGGACACCUUCCCCAACACACACACAUCAUAUCAUAUUACAUAUUUCUAAGGCCACCAAGACAAGGGAGAGAAAUAGUUGCAUACACAGAAUUAUUUAUGUUAUAUAGUGUUCCUGUUCUUUUUCUCUUGUUCUUUUUCCUGUUAUUGUUGCUGUUUUGCUUUUGUAGCUGAAUUUACCAGAACUACAUACAUCCCAAGUGCAUUUGCAAUCUCUCAGUAGGAGAUAGACCAGCCUGUGGUUAAUUUUAAAGUUUAAAAGGUUAUGAGCAUAAAAAACAUAUACAGGUAUUAGACUCUUAUAUGAAUUCUCACAAAAAAUGAUUGUGAUAAAAUACGCCAUUUUUUGAGGAUUAAUUCUGAAAUUGCUUUAGGUUGGUUUCAUUCCCUCCUAAUUAAUCAGCCAUUCCUCAAUCAUUCCCUUUCUUCUUUUGCCUCUGAAAUUUUUGUGAAAAUUGCCUAUAUCAAUUGUAUUGGUAGCAUUGCUCUGAUUUAAAUGCCAAAAUAACACUAAAUAUUUCUGUAUUACUGUUAAGUGAGGUUUCUAAUAUUUACAUCAAGCUAAAAAUGGGAUUCAUCUAGUGAACUCUAUAAUGACAUUGUCAUGGUGGAAAAAAUACAUUGUUGCAUGGUCCACAGCCAAUUUCCAGAUUUGCUGACCCAUUCUUUAGAUACUGUUUGGUUUAAAAACAGUUUCAAGAUGUUAUUUUACUGAAUGUUUGGAAAAAUAUAUUGUUUUGUAUUUAUGACAGUUUAAAACAACAUGAGUUGAAAGAUUUGAAAGUAGAGCAUUUUGCUUUUAAAAACAACAAUUUUUGACAUUAUUUUAAGUGAAUGACGCAAUCUUUUUUAAUAGUCACUUUUUCUUAAAGGAUGUAUUUUAAUAUGUAAGAAGUAACCAAGGCAACUUUAGAUUUUGAAUGGUAAACUUCAAAUGUUUUUAUAUUUGAAGUUGACUUUAAAAAGCCAAUGAGCAGUACACAGUGGUUAUAGCCUUUCAAACAACUAGGAGAAUAGAGCUUUGUCAUGGGUCUAGAAUUAAAGCACCUUGUAUCAUCUGCUUUUAAAAGUAUCCUAUAGUUUUUAACUUAAUGCAUAAAGAGUAGCAUUUUAUCUUAUACUAUUAAAAGUUACAUUUUCCAUUUGUUAGUGUCCAUGUAAUGCCUGUUUUAUGAAGAAUGUUUUAACAUUUACCCUCCAAGUCAGUCCUAUGCAUAACCAUUCAACAAGUGCUGCUGUAGUUCCUUAAAGGAAACGUUCUGUGCUGUUCUAUGACGCAUUGUCAUCUUGCUGCUUGACUUUAUAAGGAAUUAGGCUUGUGUGUGCUGAUAAUAUCUUUGUGUAAUGAGAUUUACAAUUAGAGAUGAGGAAUGUGUGUAAAAUGAUCAUUUACCUCUCCCUUGUUUUUGUUUUAAAACCAGUCAGUACUAUAUCUAAAGCUUCUGUGGUUUGUCUGUGUGAUGUUUUAACGUUCACUUGAAACUGCACAUAAUAAAU